CUGCUUCUCGGAAGUGUAUUGUCAACUGUCAAAUCGAAAGUGAAACAACAGUUGUACUCACCGAGUUGCCGAGUUAUCUGUCGUCUUGUCUCCUGGAUUAUUACAGUUACAACAUCACAUGCCAUAUUAUUACAUGGCUGCAGACAGAUCUGUUCAGAGGGAAAUAUGGUCAUCUGUGUUUGACGAACCGUCUAUCAAGACUAAUGUUGCUCUGGUUAUGGAAGGCAGACGUCUUCACGUCAACAGAUCGGUGCUUGCUACAGCGUCAGAUGUUUUUGACAAGAUGUUUUAUGGGAAAUUUAAAGAAACACAGAAACGUGAAGUCCCUCUCCCAGGAAAAAGGUAUGCUGACAUUGUGGACAUGCUUCUGUGUAUUUACCCAUCAGAACUACGCCCUGUCACCGAGGCAACAGUGGACAAGAUGCUGGAACUAGCUGACGAGUAUCAGAUGGAUGGUCUAAAGCGGAGGUGUGAAGAGCUUUUGCUCACGGUCUGUAGAAAGGACGAACCACCGAAAGAAGGUGUUAUACAUGCUUUAUAUCUGGCUGAUAAGUACAGCCUGCCUUACCUCCUGGAAAUAGCUAUACAAAUUGUGAAAAAUAUCGGUUUAGACGUAAAACUGGGAGGGGAUAAACUGUGGGCUGGUGGAGGAACAAGACUUCGUGAACCUUGGGUAUGAAACUAAGCUAAAACUUAUGGCGGAAAUGAUUGUCUAUUUAGAGAUAAAUCCGCGUUGCUAAAGUUUUUGAGUAGAUCUGUAUAUCGAUGCAUCAGUAUACAAAUUCGGUUUCCGGAACCGGACGGUAAGUAGCUGUCACCAAUCAGUAAAAUAAACAGUAAAUUGCUUCACAGUCCGGACGCUGUAAGUCGUGUUCACGAACCGUAACAACACCUC